AGUUUAUUCUGCAGAGACGCGCCAAUCCACGCAGCACCCUACAAUAUUCAUCGACGCAGAGCACGACUACGUACCCGUAGAGAACCACGGCUACUCAAACGAGCGCUUCGGACCACCCCCGCACCUCUGGACUACGUCGAGCAUCAUCCCGCAUCCACGCACGAGACGGCCACGCGUCGAGUCGAGUCAUACAGCAGCCUCUCUUCUCACGGCACGGCGCGCAGGCCGGCGGGCCAUGACUCGAAUUGCGCUUGACUUUUCCGACUUGGCGCACGCCAUGCCAGAGCGCACUCUGUAAGGGCCGAGGCUCUCCAUAUAGAUCACCGUAUUCGCGAUGCUCUCCCAUCUCCGCUUCCACAAGCGGGACCGCUCGAAUCCUGCGUCGCCUAUCCCGCCCGACAACACCCAUAAUCCAUGGGGCGAUCUCCAGCCUGCCCAGCUCGUGCCUGACGAUGCCAUCCCAAGCCCGGACGUCCGCCCGCGGUCCUCACAGUCUGUGCCGUUCGGGCCGCACAGUCAGGCCGUUCCUCCGCACCCACAGCAACCACCGCCGCAGCCGCCCAAGCCUUCCCAUGCGCCAGCCCAGCAGGCGCCGAUUCUCCCACCAAUUACCCGCGUAGUGUCGGACGCUUCAGGCUUCGGUAUGGACUUCGCAGACCUCAGCAUCAGGCAGCGCGACGAACCGAGGCCGAGUCCCGUCUCACCGAACAAUGAAACAUCUGGCUUCAUCGGAGGCUUGGCCCUGCGCAACUUGCGGCUGGAGCAAGAGGCCUCGAUGAGGGCUGCGCAGAAGUCCCCAGAUGUCGGUCCCGGGAGUGCUCUCAGUCCUUCUGGCUUCUCGAGUCGUCCCCCGGCCCCUCCGUUUCAGCCGGUCAAGGCUGCUUCAUCCUUUAUAAGCCCGACCGACAUGUACAAGCCGGGGGCCACCGGCAAACGCCCGCCAGGCGCGCGGAUGGCCAGCGAACCCCAAGUCCUCCCCUCACAAGGAUAUGCUCCUCAAGAACCGCCCCGGGGAAAGAAAGGUCUUCCAUUUCUGAAGAAUCCAGUGUCGACCCUGCUCCUGCGGCGGAAGACGAGCCAGAAUGCCCCAGACCUGUCCAUACAGCUCCGGAAGCAAGAACCCGUCUACGAUCCACGGAUUCGUGGCACCCGAGUCCAUGAUUUCAGCGCCCCUCGGCCAAGGAGAGCCCAGCCGAGCACCGAUGCUUUGUCACCGGAGGCUGCCUCAAGCACAGACGCGCUGGGAAUCAGUACCUUGACAUCUCCCGCGGAUAUGCAGUCUCCUAUCCCCUCCACGACCUCACCAGCUGUCGAGGUGGCACCUCUACCAGAGCUGAUUGACGAUGAGAAGCCCUCACCGGAAAAGAUUAGUGAGCUGCAUCCAGCCCUCAGACGACAGCUCAAGACCGACGAAACAGAGGAUGUUGGCGGCGCCCCUAUGCGCGCCAAAGGGCCAGGCAUGAGUUCAAGGCGCAAGAGGGGUUCUGUUCCUCCGACGAUAAGCCCGCUGUCGCGCAACGCGUCAGGGCACUCAUUCAGCGCGAUACCAAAGCACAUGAAGAGCACAUCCUCCAGGUUCAGUUUCGACAUGAUAGGGUCAGCGAAUGAGGAGAAGCUCUUGGAAGAACGCCAUCGUCAGAAGCAGCAGGACAAGCAAGAUGCUGGGGAUGAUGCGCACGGCGGAGGCUUCCGAGAUUCACGAUUCGACGACUUUGAUGAGGAUGCUUUUGACUACGACAACAUGGACUACGACGAUGGUCUAGAGGAAAGGAUACCGGGCGUCAAUGCUGACUACGAGGAAGACGACGGCUUUGGGGGUAUGGACGACGUUGGCUACGAGGAAGAUGACAUGGGCUUCGACCAGGACGAGCAAGAUCCAGACAACGAUCAGAAUAAUUUUGGCGGCUUCGUAUUCCAGAGGUCUGACCCUAACUCACUGGUCGCCAGCCCCCUCGGCAGCGGGCCGCUACUGACACCGCGAGACGAUGGUGGCAAUGUGAUUGGAUAUGCCUCCGCCGGGUCUACGCCUACAUAUCCGCCCAAGGUUGUGACGGAAGUCGAUUCAAAAGUAGACAGUGUGGAGGAAGACCUCGUCCCCAUGCCGUUGCGCCACUCGCAGCAGAUGGGUCUGGGCAUUCACGGCUCAUCGUCGGUUGACAAAUCCCAAUUUGAGGAUAUCGACCUCUGUGAAAAACCUCAUGAGGACGCAGACCCAGCACCAACGCGGCACCUGGACCCCGACGACGAACUCUAUUUCAAGAGCGAUGACUUUUCGGGUGAGGGUGACGGCAACGCUUUCGAUGAGUCUCUCUUUGAUCUCGACGACACCGACCAAUAUGGCAGGCCAAUCCCUGGCAUGUUCGCUAACGCACUGGCGCAACGCAACAGCGGCGCUGCCGAUGCCAACAAGCUGGAUUCGGGGAUAGCUUCGAGGCUCUCUGCCGUCUCUGGCGCUUCGCAGUCUACCGCUCACACGUCGGUCAGUGUUGAGCCGCGAGAAGUCGUUCCUGUUGCAGAGCUUGCCGAGAAGGAUGUCGAGAAGGAUCCCGUGAUGGCCGGGCAACUUCAACAACGACCUGAAGCAUCUGCAGAAGAGAAGCAACAAAUGGCCGCAUACCAAGCGGCGCUAGCAGCAGCAGCCUGUCAAGCAGCAGCGUCAGGCAAAUUUGAUCGAGACUCGCCCCCCUCACCCGUUGAUCUCAUGAGACAACCAUCAGCGGCUGCGUCGUCUGUGUAUUCGACUGAGGACAACAUCCUCAACUCGAUUGAGGACUACGAAGCAGAUGACGAUGCGUACGCAGACCUGGACGAUUAUGAGCUCGACGACGACGCUAUCAUAGCCGAAGCUAACGCGAGUGCACUUGCAAACGACUCUGACGGCUGGUACGGCCAAGAGUUUGGCUUUUAUGCCGCGCCGGCGCAGCAGCAGCACUUGAUACAACAGCAGAAGUCGUCCAAGUCCUUGACUGAGCAGAAUCUGUACCAGUACUCCCAUGGUGGCUUCUUUGGUCCAAGUGGUGGGCUAGAUCGCACAAUGUCGGGCCACGCAGUCCUGAGGGAGCCAAAUCUGACGCCCAUCACCGAGCGAUCCGAGUACUCGAAUCGUAACUCGAUCAUGAGCUUGGGCAUACCUCCGGGGAUUGGAAGUGCACCGAUCCAGAGCCCGGGUCUGGCACAGCUCGCGAUGAUGGCCGACGAUGAUGACAUGUCAAUAUCAGCCUUGCUGAAAUUGCGGUCCAAGGCCUGGGGGGGUUCACAAGUAUCGCUCAGCUCACGUGAAGGAUCUCCUAACGAUCGGAACGGGGCGAGCAGCCCAUGGAGUCCUGAGCCUUCGUCGUCAUUCCUGAACAUGACGUCUCCGGCAGGGCGAAAGAACUCGGCCUUUUCUGUGUGGAGCCAGGACUCUGCUGCGCCUGACAGCGGCGCAGGAAGCCCGACCAUCACACUGGCAGCGCCCAUUGUUCCAAACAACCUCACGAUGCCGCCAUUGCUGAUUCCAAACACCAACAAUACUGCCAUCUCUCCCUCUGUUGGCACAGGGUCGUUCGCCUCUCCAGCUCAGCCGUCCUCGGCUUGCCCUCCAGUUUUCGAGGACGACGAGACGGACGAGGCGCAGACGACUGCGAGCGUUUCCAACUCGAGCUCCGUCUAUGUCUCGUCUGGGGCGGGGAGCAUGAUGAUGCCCCCGCCGCCUCCGCCGCCGGCGCGGAAGGCCUCGCAACACCGCCCGGCGAUGGGCCACAGACAUAGAAACAGCGCCGACAGCAUCUCCUACACCAAAGAAGAGGACAGUGGUGAGACGCGAUGGGUCAUUGAACGUAGGCGCACUGCAGAGUCUGGCGAGAUGGAACUCCUUGGACGGGAGAUUAUUCCCGGCGGCAGGAUAUGAUGUGUGCCGGGCCUUGGUGACUGGGAAUCAGUCAGGGGAUUUUCAUUGAGAGGACGGUGCUGGUAUUUGUCUGUCGUGAACAGGACAUGACGGGCCUGUUUGGUCCGAGUGCCCAGUUCACAUGAAUUCUAGCAGGCCCGGGUUCCAGCAAAGCCGCGAAGGAGGGUAGAUAUUUUUGGAUGGCUUUUUCCUUCAUGUCGAAACAGUCUCUUGGAAAGCAAGCAAUGGCGUAGGAGCACUUGGGUACAUAAUCAUAAUGAUAUAUUUCACGGCUAGCUUCUUGUUUUCUUCUUUUGAAUGAAUCU